CUUGUAUGGAUAUUAAAGUCUAAUUUCAUUAUUUAUAACGCGUUCCUCUGAAUGACACCUGAAGCAGUUUGAUAAACUCGUCGUUAAUGAGGGCAGACUCAGAAGACAGCUUUUUUUUCCCCGUCUUUCAUGACUGUCGGUUAGUUUUGGAACUUUAUGACUUUAGUUUAUUCGUAAAGAAAAUGAACCGCUGUUUGUGUUUCAUCUUCAUUCACUCCUGUCUGCUUUUGCCAUCGGACAGGAGAGCUGUCCAGGCUCAUUCAGCUGAAGGAAAGACUUCAGUGACUAGAUCGAACAUGUCCAACAAUUCAACGUUACUGCCCAAAGCUGAACCCAUCACCCCAACUGAACCGUCUGUGAAGCACAUCUCAAUAGAGAGCAAAUGCCUGAUUUCUGCAUCGACAGGUGUUCCUCCUAGUAACCCAACAGCAGGUCCUCGCUUCCAUGCGGGUAGUUUCAUUGGCGGUAUGAUGCUGGCCUUUAUUAUCAUACUGGUCGUCACUCUGGGCUAUAGGUUGGCUUGCUCACAACGGGAAGUGCGCUACAGAGUCAUUGAGGAACAUGAUGCCAUCAUUUAAAAAUGGAGCCGUUGAGGAAAUACAGGCUUAAACACAAGCUAGUCAUGAUCUGAAGAGAACGUUUUCACCUUAAUGUGGUUAAUAUGCAUAUGAGACGGUGUCUGGUUUGAAACAUUUUAUGUUGUAGUCUUAAGUAGGUUAUUCCCUUUUACAUUUCCAGUUGUGAAUACUUGAACAAUACUUGGAAAAUUGUUGUGUGUGUGUGUCUAGUCCAGUGUAGUCCAAUGUGUACUACAGGACAUUUUAAUGAGUUUGGACUAAACAUAUAGCAUUUAAAAUAUGCUCCUGUAAAAGUCUUCUUAAAGACAUAUCAGAGGCAAAAAUGAUUUGGUUACAGUUCAGGGGCUUUUUUCUUUUUCUUUUAAAGUUUAUAGUAUUUUUGUAUAAAAGUUCAUGUUACAUUUGUUUGAAAAGUGUUGAUUUUGGUUUCAUCAUGUACGGUAGAAAAAGUGAUCCAAUAAAGUGAUUUAGUCUUAACUGUGAGGACUGCAUGAUGUACAAUAAAAAACAUUUUCCUAACAAUGCACAAAAGAACUGAUUAAACACAGUAACUACCAAAGUAUAUACUUUAUUCCAGGCCAAUUUUAAAGUAAUAUGUAAAGAGAUAUAAUGUAACAGAACUUAAGGUUCUAAGGUACAUGCACAUACAUUGAUUAAAAAAAAAAAAAAAAAAAAAAAAAA